UGAAUCUAUUUAAAUUCUUUGGAGUAGUUUGAUAAUUAUGUCGGAAUACAAAUGCACAAAAGCUUGAUACAGCAGUUCUCCCCCCAGUAAUUUAAUACAGAGGUACACAAAAUAUGUUUAAGUAUAUGUAAGUCUAUUUUGGUAAGUUUUUAAUUGCAUGUAUUAGGAAACAGUUUAAAUUUUCAUCAUUAAUAGGCCAAUUAAAACUGACAGUUGAAUGGGGGGAUGAAAAAGGUGAUGGGGAUUAAGGAGUGCAUUUGUGAUGAGCACAGGGUGUUGUAUGGAAGCGUUCAAUCAAUAUAUUGUAUACCUGAAACUAAUGUGAUAGUGGAUGUUAACUAACUGGAAUUUAAGUAAAAGCUUUAAAAAAAAUAGGCCAGUUAAAUAAACUGGUACAGCCGUUCAAAAGAGUAAGGUUAUAUGAAUUGUAGUCAACAUCCAUACAUUUUAGCAAAUGAAGAAACAAAAUACAGAAAAGUUCAUAGAAGAUUGUCAUUUGUAUUAAAAGGCAUAUGUAUUAGUAUAUAAUUAGAAAAUCUCUUAGAAGAUAAAAAUUCUACCUAUGGUUGCCUUUUGAAAUGGGAAAUGGGAUCUAGAUAGGAGGGAUUUUUACUUUUCAUGGGUAUGGAUAUAUGUACUCAUUGGCUGCUUGACUAAUUCUACUGUUUGUUUGCAGAUAAUGCCUAUUUUAAAAUCCAUUCUUAUAAAUGUAAGGUUUCUUAUUGAAAUGAUUUAAUUGUAGGUCCGUAUGCCAGCCUGAUCUGUUGUAGUUUUUGAUACUAGAAGACUAGCCAGAAAAUGAUGAAAUAAGGCAUUUUCCUGUAAUCUCCCAGCAGCUCCUGUAGGUUCUGUUCCUGACCACACGUCACCCUCCACAGGGUUACCUCCCCAGUCUAAGCCAGCAUCAGUCCCACCUGGAUUACUGCUGCUAUGCCAUCCUCACUGCCUGCUUCCACUCUUGCCCCCUCGGGAGAAAGUAUAAACCAGCUCUCAUCACUCCACUGAUUAAAGUCCUCCAAAGACUGCCCAACUGCAAUUACGACAAAUCCCAAACAUUUUGCCUCAGUCUUCAGGACUAAGUGGAGUUCUUCAAAAUGUCAGGUGUGGUCCCCACAGCCCCUGAGCAACCUACAGAUGAAGUAGAGAAUCAAGUAAAGUCUCCUGAUCCAAGGCCUGAUGCACCUCCUGACUACAAUUCCCAUUUGGUACCAGGACCCCCUGGACCAGCUAUCCCUCCAUCUGCAGGCCAUGCAGGAAGCUUGCCUAUGGGGCUCUACAGUCCACCUCAGCCCCAUAACUUCCCCUUGUACCAGCCAGCUGGUGGUACCCAUCCUAUCCAGUACCAGCCUGGCAAAUAUCCUAUGCCAAAUCAGCCUGUUCCAGUAACAUGGAUGCCAGCGCCUGGUCAUAUGCCAAACUGCCCUCCUGGUCUGGAAUAUUUAACCCAGUUGGACAUCAUACACGUCUUUCAGCAUUUCGAGCCUCUGGAAAUGAUGACAUCUUUUGAAACUAAUAAUAGAUAUGAUAUUAAAAACAACCUGGACCAGAUGGUUUACGUUGUAACUGAAGACACAGACGAUUAUACCAGAAAUGCUUAUCGGACACUAAGGCCCUUCGUCCUCCGGGUCACUGACUAUAUGGGCCGAGAAAUCAUGACAAUGCAGAGACCUUUCAGAUGCAGCUGCUGUUGCUUCUGUUGUCCCUCCACCAGGCAAGAGCUGGAGGUGCAGAGUCCUCCUGGUGUCACCAUUGGCUUUGUUGCAGAACACUGGAACUUGUGCAGGGCAGUUUACAGCAUCCAAAAUGAGAAGAAAGAAAAUGUGAUGAGAGUGCGUGGGCCAUGUUCAACCUAUGGCUGUGGUUCAGAUUCUGUUUUUGAGGUCAAAUCCCUUGAUGGCACAACAGACACCGGCAGUAUUAUUAGGAAAUGGAAUGGUCUGUUAUCAGCAAUGAGCGAUGCUGACCACUUUGAAAUUCAGUUCCCAUUAGACUUGGAUGUGAAGAUGAAAGCCAUGAUUUUUGGAGCUUGCUUCCUCAUUGACUUCAUGUAUUUUGAAAGAUCUCCAACACGACGUUCAUCAAGAUAGAUGGACACAGCACAUCAGCAAUCAUGGUUAAUUAAAAAUGAUUAGAAAAGUUGGGCUUAGAAUCCUCUCAAUUAUUU